CAUUCACUGCCAUUAAAGCUAACUCCUGGUAUCUGUGAGCAUUAAAAAGCCAGUCAAAAUGCAAACGCCUCUGUUCAAUAUCGCAGUAUUUUCUUCCUUGCAGGUCUUGCUGUCCUUGUCGUACUUUAAAGGGGUCGUCCAAGCCGCCAGCAGCAGAGGGUUCGGAGAUAACAUCAACUGGAGGACACUGGAAGACGGCAAAAAUGAAGCUGAGGCCAGCGGGCUGCCGAUCAUGGUCCUCAUCCACAAGAGCUGGUGUGGAGCCUGCAAAGCGCUGAAGCCCAAAUUUGCUGAGUCGAAGGAAAUCUCCGAGCUUGCACACAACUUUGUGAUGGUCAACCUGGAGGACGAGGAGGAGCCGAAGGAUGACGCCUACAGUCCCGACGGUGGAUACAUUCCCCGGAUUCUUUUCCUCGAUCCCAGCGGUAAAGUCCACCCUGAAUUCACCAACAAAAACGGAAAUCCCAACUACAAAUACUUCUACAGCAGCGCAGAACAAGUACUGUCCAGUAUGAAGGAGGCGCAGGAGAAGCUGACGGGCGACGCCUUCAAGUUGGGUCACACCGGAGACGAGCUGUGAGGAGGCAGCGACCGGGGGGGCGUCAGGCUGUAAAGGGCUACACUUCGUCUACCUGAGCCUGUGCUUCAGAGCGCCCCCCGUAACGCCCCCCCUUCUCCCCUCACCCCCCAAAAACAACAACCCCGUUAAACUAUUUAUAGUCAUACUGAAGACAGCAAAGGUCCGUCUCACUGACCAAACCAAGCCAACCGGUAAAAAAAGGUCUCGGUGCUUGAGUCGUAUUUUUUUUUGUCUUGUACGGUUUUCCAAACACUUCUACACUGUUCAGACUUCUCCUGUCUUUAUUAUUACAUCAUGUAUAUUUGUAAUCUACUGUUGUUGUUGAUGCCAUUUACUGUACUUUGUAUCUGUAGAGGAUUUUAAACAAGUUAGCCAAGUAAAGUUACGGCAGUAUUGAUGAACUCUCACCUGCACACACUGCUGCUGCUGUUGUUGUUGUUGUUGUUGUUGUUGGAUGGAAACUCAACACCUGCAAGUGCCAAAUUUUAAAAAGACCGACAUAAAUAAAUAAAUAAAAAUGUCUUGUUUGUCACUAGAUCGUCACAAACUUCUGGUAUUUUUUUGGGAAGUUUCACAAACACAUUUUUACCGUUUCCAGCCAACAGCAAUGAUCUAGUACUUGAUACUGAAUCCAGUAUUUAAACACCUCCUGUAAUGUGCUUCCAAAGAUCCUCUACAGUACGUUAACUAUCUGUGACAAUAUUUACCAUGCACACACUUUACCAUGGCUCUGUACGAUGUCUGAUUUAUAUUAUCCACCCUUUAAAAAUAAUCCUAUUCAUUUAAUCCUGCCAAUAUCUGAGUACUUAUUUAGCUAUAUGUUGUUUAUUUAGCUAUGGUUUGUUUUUUGCUGCUCAUGAGGUGACACCACUAUGUUCAUUUAUACAAAAAAAACUGUUUGAACAAGGGAUGAAAACAUUGGUUCAGUGUGUUGAUGUAUUUUAUACAUGUACACAACCAAGUGUGCAAAUAAAGUUUGUAUUGAGUA